AUGGAGAGGAUUCGCCAGGUUGCUGUAGCUUAUUAUGAAAAUCUGCCCGAGGAGAAGAAGCGAUAUGCCAGAUUUAUUUUCGAUGAAAUGGACAAAAACAGAGACGGGCAAAUUGACCUAGAUGAAUACGUGGAGUAUCUCAAGAAACAUAACAACACAAUUUUUACUGAUCCAAGCAUGUUUAGAGCGCUGGACAAGGACGGCGAUGGAAGCUUGGAUUUUGAGGAAUCAAUCACCUUGUACUACAUCUUGCAGAGUGGAAGAGCUCUAUUUUGCAAGUGUUGUCAUACGUUCUUGGCAGACGUAUACUUCAGCUGCUUUCAAUGUUUCUGUCUUCAUGAGUCACCUAGCACCUAUGAUCUUUGUUGUGAUUGUUAUGGUGGAAAAAAGUUCACUCACCACGAUGAUGCCAUUUUCUGGGAUAACUGUACUUUACUAAGUAAAAGCAGGAGCUUGGCACUAGAAGCUCCCAUACAGAAGCGAAGAAAUGUGCUUGAAAACGUUGGAACGAUAGCGGAAGUUACAGGCAUGGUUGUUAAUGGUGCUGUUUUUGCGUCAUCCUUUGGCUGCAGCAUUAUGUGA